GCCGGACGCCCCCCCAGCCGGCCGCCAGUGGUCGGGGAGCCAGGACUCCCAGCUCGGCCCCCCCAGCCGGGAUCCCAGUGCCGACCGGGCCCCCCCGGCCUUCGCCGCCCGCACCCGCCGCAGCAACAGCUCGGAGGCCCUGAUCGAGCGGGGGGCUCCCCCUGAAGACCCCCACUUCCGCGGUCCCCCCCGACCCCCCUACGCUGAGAUCCUGCUGGACUAUUACCUGGAGCGCCAGUGCUGGCCGGCCGGGGACCACCUCUCGCGCCGCGAUGCCCCCCCGCCUCCUGGUUGGGGGUACCCCGAGAGCCCCCUGCCGCGCCGGGCGGGACGCGCCAAGUCCUGCGGGCCCCCUCCCCAGAGCCAGCCGCCCCCGGCCCCCCAGCGCCCGCCCCGGGCCGUCCACAAAGCCUUGGCCCUGGAGGGGCUCCGGAACUGGUACCUGCGUAACGCCGGGGGAGCGGGGGGGGCCUGCCCCCACCCCGGGACAGGAGACGGGGGCCCCCCCCGCGGCUGGCCCGAACCCCACCCCCGGCCGGAGACGGGGGGCUACCUGCCCCAUUCGCUGAGCUACGCCGGGCAGCCGCUGCAGGGCAGGUAUGGGCGCCGGGGGGGCUGGCAGCCCUGACUUAAGGUUGGGGGGCCUAGGGGACCGAUCAGCCCCCCCAUUGCUCCCCCGCAGCAGGGGUACACCUGCUAGAGGGGGGUGUUUGGGGGACGGGGGAGGCUCUCGCGUCUCUUGCUAGCGCGUCAGCCUUUCGUCAGCUGCUCCCCGCCCCACCUCCACGGGCAGCGUUGGGGGGGGGGGAAAGGACCCAGGCGUCCGGGAGUGGGUAUGUG